UGUGGAUGAGACGAAGUGUCGAUGUUGAUAAACUUGGUGGAGAGAAACGCACUGUUUUCUUUGUGUCCCGUCCUGCUCCACUCCGGUCAAGGGCUGUUGUCAUUUUUUUCAAUAAGAGAGAUUUAAGGACUGAAAAUGGCCACCGCUCCUUCACCACCACCACAACCACCAACACCUCCUAAACCCUGUGGGAAACAGCCUCGUAGUAUUUGUCCACCGCUCCCUGAGCGUGCUGCACUACCAUUUUCCUCCAGCCUUCCGGUCCAAGAGACAAGUCCCUCACCAAUGACUGUACAUGAUGCAGAGGAUGCAGCGCCGCUCCUAGUUCAAAAUGGCCCUCAGUCUCCUCCUUCAGAAGGACAAGAAGACGGUCUGUGUGGUGGUAAAGAGAAUAACCGACCAGUGCAGGAAACUGACCCUGCACCGCAGAUGACUGAGCAGCGAGGUGAAAAAGCCCAUCAGACAGACCAGGCCGACGAGGACCAAUAGACCUGAAGCUCUUUAGUUACUUAAAAACAAGGAUCUACAUUCGCCAGUACUAGAAAAGGCUGUUCUGAACUGCACUGAAACACUGUUACAUGGUACACUUGACUGAGCACAUCGCUUUAUGUUCAGGCCAAAGAUGUUUGAAUGUUACCUAAGCUGAAUUUAUAAUGUCGUGCUUUGCUUUUAGUAAUGCAAAUUCUAGUUAUAUACCUUUAUUGUGCCUUUGAGAAACUCUAAAGCCUUAAAAUAUAUGUUUUAGUGACGUAACCAUAAAAAUCUAAAAUUAGCUUUUUGCAAAGAACUCCUAAAACUAUACACUAUAAGGGCUGGGUAAAAGCACAUUGAGUGUAUAUUGUUGCAGCUAUGUCCUCAUAAUCCGACGGUGAAAACAGUUCUAUUUCCUGUUUCUGUCGUUUUUACAACCUGAGCUACAAACUGGGGAGAAAACGGAGAGUUUAAAAGACACCGAGCACUUACCCGGGACGGAUAUGCUUUGUUUAAAUUAAAGGUGCAAUAUACAAGAUUACGUCUCUCAACAUGGCGACGGCUGAGCCAGCGGCUCUCAGCUAACAGUUCUAACACAAGCCCCCAGGCAGGGUGCUGGGCUUUGAAGCUAACUCUACAUAGUGGCCAAACCUCCGGGUCCGUCGCGUGAUGUCACGGGGCCCAAAAAUAAGUUUUCCCAUAGACUUACGUUGGCAUAAAGACGAUUGUAACUCGGCGUGAGGUGAACACUUAACUGUGCUUAUUUUAUCCAUUAGGCCCCAAAAGUUGUAAAAUUAACAUACUGGCCAAAUCCAGGGUUAUUUUCCUUCCUUUGUUCAUGUGAACGAGGCUGAAUCCCGUAUGUUGCACCUUUAUGGUAAAUGUAGGAUCAAGCGUUUUUGGAGUUUGACCUAUACGUCUCUAUUUAAGUCUAUUUUAAGUUCCCCACUGGUAUGGAAUUGUGUGCAAUACUAAACUGUGGGAAGACUUCUUUAUUCACAGUAUACUCUCAAACCUUAAGAGCACUUGAAUUGAAUAUAUACUGUAAUUACAUUGCUUUUAAUUUUUUUUUUGUAUUAUUUAAUUUGUAUUUAAAUGCGUUUUUGGUGUUCAAAUGUUUAUUUGGAGCUAAUUUUGUUUCUGUCACGUUCCAAAGUGUUUCAUGAAUUGCACUCAAUCGUGCUUUGAACUCAAACAAUUUCUUCCAUCGAGGAAAGCUUGAAUACGUUGCUGUUAAGGCUUUAUAAUCCCUAUAUGAAGGAUGUAACAGAGCGUACAGCUAAGAUAGCUUAGCUAAAUGCUAACGUCAGCAUGCUCACAAUGACAAUAAUAACACAGUGAAGUAUAAUGUUCACCAUCUCAGUUUAGUGUGCUUUAGUGAACAUUUGCUUAUCAGUCAACAAUCCCACAUAAUAAUGUAACAGUUUAUAAUAACGCUGCACAUGUUACAGGAAGUCUCCUGGCAUCUGCUCAUUGUUACAUUGUGCAACUAAAGAGACAUUUCCUUAUUUGGUCGGUGAAAAUAAAGACAUGGCACACAGCAA